AUGCGAGAGGUGACCCUAAGUCUGCUCAUCCUCCUGACAGGCCUGCCUGCCCUGGACGCCAACGACCCAGAAGAUAAAAACAGUCCUUUCUACUAUGACUGGCACAGACUCCGAAUCGGUGGACUCAUCUGUGCUGGGGUUCUGUGCACCAUCGGAAUCAUCGUCCUCAUGAGUGAGUGGGACGCUGGUGGCCGGGCUGGCAGGGCAGGGCAGUGGGCCCGGGUCCUCUCUCCCAACCAUCCCCUCUCCCCAACAGGUGGGAAAUGCAAGUGCAAGUUCAGCCAGAAGCCCAGUCACCAUCCAGGGGACGCCCCUCCUCUCAUCACUCCAGGCUCUGCCCAUCACUGUUGA